AUGCCAAUGUAUACCGAAAAUAAACGUAUUGGAAAAUCAAAACAAAAGAAACAUUAUACGAUUGAACAUAUACGUGAACUUUUACAACUAUCACCGGCCGACGUUUUACUGUUAGAUGCUUGUGCAAGGAAAACUGUUGACGAUGUUCAUACUAUACUUUCAACAGCAGAUCCUUCUAUCAAUCCCGAUCUUAUACGAGACAAAUACCUUCGAACUCCUUUACACAUUGCUUGUAGUCGACAAGAUGAUCAUACCGAGGCAACUGCUAUUACUAAACUUCUGAUACAGUAUGGUGCUGAUGUCAACAAUGGUGUGGGUGAUAUUGAUGGAUUUCAACCUAUGCAUAUGGCUGUAUUGGCUGGAAAUUAUCAUUGUGUAUUAUUAUUAUUGGAAGAAGGAGCAAAUAUACCAGCCUCAGACCCCUUUCGCUUAACACCACUCUUGUUAGCCAAACUCAAAUUAGAUAAUCUCCGACAGGCACCAUCAUCGUCAACAUCUGUAGAUAUCCAUGGAAGAGACAACAUCAUGACAACAUCAACAACAAAUAGUAAUGGAUCUUCAAGUAAUGAUAUUGGAUCCAAAGUACAAGAUAUGUCGGAAACUGCAAAAGCUGAAUAUGAAGGACUUGUAUCUAUUACAGAGGUAUUAGUCAAACAUUUAGCCAAUAAACAUAUGACAACCAUUGGAAUAUCACUACGGACAUUAUCAUCACCUACAACUUCUUCUUCUUCAUCAUCAUCAUCACUGUUAUCCACUUCAUCUUCUUCAACCACAUCAUCCUCUUCAUCUUCACCACCAUCACACUAUGGACUGUCGGAUUCUCUUUUCAGCAAAGAACAACAGGAUGAUGCAUUGAACGAAACAAUCACAUGUCUGACUGAACAAUUGUCUACAAUGGAAAUGACCGAAACUACAACCCAUUUCUCUAAUAGCAACUCUCUUCAAGCUAGGCAAAGUCUGAAUAACUUGAUUGACAAGAUCCGAAAACUAGGUAUUCAAGAAAAGUAGGCCGUGACAAUUGGAAUUUUUUGGUCGUCUUAUUAGUUGAUAUAUUUAGUUCGUAUUCCUCACUUAUUUAUAUCUAUGCCCCUAAAAAAAAAAAAGAAAGCGUUAUCAUAUAUACCAGUCGAUCUUUUUCGAACACCGCAAUAAAAAAAACGAUGAAUGGGCUCUUUUUUUUUUUUUUUUUCU